UGAUUUUACAGGCACUGAUGCAUCAUGCAGCAUCACUAAGCAACAAGUGGAUAAUUAACAAAGGAGAAACCGAGUCAGCUGCUCCUCUGUGCUACUUUCCUACAACCUAGUUGGGGAAUAUAAUAGAAAAACAAUGGGCACAUAGAGGACCAUCGCUUAAAUUUAAGACGUUGAUUUGUCCACUAGUCCCCAAUCAGGAUAUGGAUGUGCAUCUAGGAGGGAGCCUUGCCUUUUUCUAGUUUUCUGCACUGUGUUAUACCUUUCUUCAAUCUUCCAAAAAUCCAGCCAUGGCUGCUGCAGCUGCAGCUUUUGCAGGAAAAGGUAUUGCAACAACAGUUAUCUCCUAUAUCAUCAACAAGGCCUUUGACUACCUGAAGGAUAACAAGAAAGACGUGGGAUUGAAAAGUACCAAGAAAAGGCUAGAGGAACUAGUUCCUCAGAUCCAAGUUGUGUUUGAAGCUGUUGACACAGAUCAGAUUAGAGAUCAAAGUGGGGCACUAGAUGCAUGGUUGUGGCAACUUAGAGAUGCCUUUGAGGAAGCUGAGGAUGCGCUUGAUGAGCUAGAAUAUUACAAGCUUGAGGAAAAAGUGAAAAUGCGAGAUAACAAGGUGAGUGGCUCUUUUCAUAAGUUCAAGGGCAGGGUUGUCCAGCAAUUUAAUCAUGCAUUCAAAACUGGGUCACUGAAGAGGUUGAUAAGUGCUGUCAAAACAUUAGACGAUGCUGUUUCUGGUGUGGAGCGUUUUAUUUGUGUUCUCAACCAGAUUGACAACAAUAAGAUGAAGAAUCACAGACAAGUGGUGGAUUUCAGGAAUCGGCGCGAAACAAGCUCACUGCCUCCCAGCAUGGUACUUGGCAGAGAGGAGGAGAGGAAAGUUUUAGUUGACUGGUUGACCAAGGCUGAAAACAGUGCACCUGAACAAAUUGUCAACAAUAUAUCUAUAUUUUUUAUAGUUGGGAUAGGUGGAUUGGGGAAGACAACACUAGCACAAGUUAUAUGCAAUGAUAACGAUGUGAUAGGGUGUUUUGAUUUGAUAAUCUGGGCCUGUGUUUCUUUUGAAUUUGAUGUUGAAAGAUUAAUGACAAAGAUCCUUCAAGAGGUAACUGGUGAAAAAAUAAACAUUGAGGGCCUAAGUUCUCUUCACAAGGUCCUCAAGGAAAAAUUGAGUUCCAAAACAUUCCUCCUUGUACUGGAUGAUGUGUGGAAUGAUCAUAGUGUCAAGGAUUGGGAUGAUUUGGUACGGCCAUUGAGAUAUGGGAAGAAAGGAAGUAAGAUCUUGAUGACACCAACUCGAAUGCAAUCAGUAGCUGAUCUUGCUGCAAGAGCAAUGCAGGAAGAAGGCCAGUUUAUGAGAUUGUGUGGACUAGAAGAAACUAACCUUCUUGUUAUGUUGAACAGUCACGCAUUUUUCGGUGUCAAUCCUGAUGAUUACAGAAAUCUGCAGCAGAUCAGCAAGCAAAUGGCCAGCAAACUCUGUGGUUCUCCACUGGCAGCAAAAGUUCUAGGUGGAUUGUUGAACAGCAAAAGGGACAGUAGCACUUGGAACAGAAUUUUGGCAACUAAUAUUAAUAAUACAGAACAGGGUAAAGAAGGGAUCAUGAUGGUGCUAAGGUUAAGUUAUCAACAUCUACAAACUCAUUUGCAGGCAUGUUUCAGGUACUGCAGCUUAUUUCAUAAAGGCUAUGAGUUCACAAAGAAAGAGUUGGUGUACUUAUGGAUGGGCUCAGGACUAAUCCAAUAUGUAGCGGAUGACAUGAUGCCUCAGGAUGUUGGAAUGGAAUAUUUGGAUACAUUAACCAUGAAAUCCUUUUUUGACAUCAAACUGAGGCCUCAUUCUCGUCGUGCUAUAAAAUGCAACUUAUUUGAUGAAUAUUAUGAAGAAAAAUAUGUCAUGCAUGAUCUUCUUCAUGAGUUGGCACGUUCUGCUUCAGUAAAUGAAUGUAUCAGAAUUGACAGAAAAUUUUCUGGGACAGUACCCAAGACCAUUAGACACAUGUACAUUGAACUUAUGAGUCCUACUGUGGUUGAACAGAUCUCUCAAGUAAAGAAACUGCGCACCCUCAUCAUGCAGUUUCAAGACCAAGAUCAGGCAGCGGAAGAACUCAUACUCUGAUAUAGCAGCUGAUAACUCUUCCGGAUCAGGGCUUCCUUUCAUUUCCUCUGCAUAUUUA